UGCUAGGGAAAAAUAUCAGCCUGGCAGAAUGUGCAUGGCAGCAUCAGUGUGUAUGUAUGCAUGCAUCGAAGCAUGGAAGAAAUUCAAGAAUCAAAGAAUAGGCUUGUCGGCUUCUUGUAGUCAUCCAACACUGUUUGUCAAGCUCCAGAACAGAUAAACCCUUCAUUAAUAUCUCUGCUUCAUUCUCUUCAUGAUGCCAAAGUUAGUCAAAAAUCGCCUAAUUCUCUGUGAAUGACGCUCCAUUAAUCCAUGCAAAUUGCAUGCUUACGAGAAGAAGACAUUAAUUAUGGUUUGAGUUGGAGCAAUAGUCCGACCGUUCUACUAGCCAGUGCAGUACUAGUAUAAAUACUCUAAAACAUUUCACACUUUCUUUAAUCAUUUCACAGCCUUGAAUUUUCUUUAUUAAACAAAAAAAGUACAACUUUUCCAAAUGGGUGGCGAAGGCAAAGGAGGAGGAGGAGGAGCUGCUGGAAAAGGUGGCGGCGGUGGUGCUGCUGGGAAAAGUGGAGGCGGUGGUGCUAGCGCUGCUGGAAAAGGUGGAGGAGGAGGAGGAGGUGGGGGUUCAGGAAUGAUGGUAGCACCAGGGAGUAGAGGUGCAACAUAUAUUUCAAGGGACUCUUUUGAGAGCAACACCAAGGGUUACUUCUCUGGGCUGCAUUCGAGCGAGAAGGGCAACAAAUAAAUCUUUUAGAGGGCUGCUGGAAAACAGUUUCAUGUAUUGUUGUAAUGCAUGACUAAUUACUAAAUAAACUUAUGGCAUAAUCUUCUUUCA